AUGACGACAGUUGUCUGUAUGUCUGCGGCCGACAUCUACUAUGACUUGUCGGCGGACGACGACUACACACAAGUGAGAAACUCGAGAAACUUCACGGGAAAAGUGGUUUUGAUCACCGGAUCUAAUUCGGGAAUCGGCGAGAGUGUGGCCAAACUGUUCUCGGCGUUGGGCGCGCACGUUGUCAUCACCGGUAAAAACGAGGUCGAAAUCAAGCGCGUGGUACAGGAGGCGCAGAAACUGUCGCCCACCGGACUCGUGCCAUUAGGCGUUGCGGCGGAUCUGCUUAAGACGGCUGAUCUGGAAAAGUUGGUCAGCGAAACGAUCAAGACUUUUGGCAAACUGGAUGUGUUGGUCAACAACGCGGGCGCCUCCCUAUCCACACAUAUACGCGACGCCAAUUUCAUUGAGGUGUUCGACACACUAAUCAACCUAAACACUAGGGCUGGACUCCAGCUCAUACACCUGGCUGUGCCUCAUCUGGAAAAGACUAACGGAACCAUAAUUAGCACAUCCAGUAUCUGGUCGUCACUUCCGGGUAAGGCAUCGAUACCUUAUGGUGUAUCUAAAGUUGCUCUAGACUUUGCCACCCGAGCGCUGGCCAUUGAACUGGGUCCGAAAAUACGUGUGAACGCUAUCAACCCCGGUUGGAUACUAACCGAAAAUCUUAAGCAUCACUCGACACCCGCUGAGUUGGCGGACGCGGCCGCACACACACCCCUCAAACGCAUCGGUCAGCCCAUAGAUGUGGCCAAAGGUGUCGUAUUCUUGGCCUCGACUGACGCCCAGUUCAUUACCGGCGCUAAUCUGGUCACCGAUGGGGGCAUUGUUUACAACUCAUAAAUUGUGUUUUUUUAAAUAUAAAGC